GUUAGCUAUGUUUACCAGCGGCAGGUUCGGAGCAAACCAGUUGCGUGAGCUUAGUUGUGGUUACUCGAUUUUGAGGAGGUGACGCCUGAUUGCAAUGUUGGCAGCGACCAUUACAUCGACGGCAGCCAGUAAGCUAUGACAAUGAAGCGGGUGGGGUAUUGGAUUAGCGAAAAGAAAAGCAAGAAGCUUAAUUUCGAGGAGCAAAGGCUACUGUUCAGGAAUGCUGGGAUUGAACUUGUAAAGAUCGACCUGGGUCAGCCCUUGGAAGCACAGGGUCCGUUUGAUGCCAUCGUUCACAAGGUGACUGACAUCUUGGCAAAGGCCGACAAUGGAAACAAAACAGCCCAGAAACUUAUUCAUAAUAUCCAGAAUUAUACUGAUCGGCACCCUGAGUGUAUUCUUCUUGAUCCACUGGAGAGCACCCGCCAACUUUUAGACAGAUACAAGCAGUAUCAACAAGUCUGCACCUGUGAUCUUGUGCAGAGAGACUCACGUGUGAUCAUCCCUACUUUUGUGGAGCUGACUUCAAGUGAUGUGGAGGAAAACAAACAAAAGCUAGCCAAAGCAGGAGUUACAUUUCCCAUUGUUGCAAAGCCAAUACUUUCACAUGGGACAAAGUCAGCUCAUGAGAUGGCAAUUAUUUUCAGCGAAGAAAGCCUGCGUGAUGUGAAACCACCUUGUGUGGCUCAGUCUUUCUUAAACCACAACGCUCUUCUGUAUAAGAUCUUUGUUGUUGGUAACCGACAGUUUGUCGUGCAGCGACCUUCGCUUAAAAAUCUUUACCCUGGAAAUUAUCCUACAAUAUUUUUUGACACUCAAGAAGUGUCAAAACCUGAUUCUUCACAUCCACUGAAUGAGGUGGAUAUGAAGAGCAUUGAUGAGCCUCUUAUCAAACCUGAUUGGCAACUUCUGGAACAACUUGGAGCUGCGAUAGGCAACGUUAUGGAACUUCGUCUUUUAGGAAUUGAUGUCAUCAUCGACUGCAAAACCAUGCAGUAUGCCAUUAUAGAUAUUAACUCUUUCCCUGGUUUUGAAGGUGUGGAUGACUUCUUUUCUGUGUUGCUGGACUACAUCCUGGAGGUUCUUGGGACCAAAGAAAACUGUGAUCGCAGGGCAGACAGGACUCCGACCAGUUACAGUAAUGACCCUUCUUCUACAAAGCCUGUGUCUGUCAUUGACAGUGGUAGCACAGGGGACCACCACUGUACCAUCGUCAAGACUGCCACUGUUAAUGCUGUUAAUCUCAAGGCUUCACAAAAAUUCUUUGUGGACCAAUCAUGCCGAAUCGACUGUACACCGCAUAGUCUGUCAGACCCUGCUUACAGCCAUAGAGGAGCCAGUGUCGUGAACGAAGAUGUUUCAGAGAGAAGUCAAAUGCAUUCUCAGCUUCAACAUAAAAAUAAUCUGCCUUCAUCUUUACCCUGAUAUUGCUGAACACUUGUAGUCUUAGAUCUUUUUUCAGCGUUUUUCACCAUUUCAUCUUGUGAUAACUACAUAUAAAUCAGUGAAAGAGUCUAAACUUAACCGAGGGAGCUGUUUUCAGAAAUAAGACAUUUGAGUAAAGCAGGAAAAGAAAAACCUUAGUGAUAUUUUUACUUUUUUUUUCUUCUUUUUUGGCUUUUACCAAAGAGGUCUUGAUGUUACUCAGCUAAGGUAAAAUAUACUUAUUCAUAGUCAUUUAAAUUCAAUCUUUUCUAUUCUUUAUAUGAAGAUUAUCCCAAGCAACCUUGAUUUUACGUGUUUUAAGUAUAUAAAUGGCUGUAAAACACUAGUGAAGGUAAUGGUACAAUUUCAGGCUGACAUUCUACCCCAUUUUCCUUGUUAUGGUCACCCUCAGUUGCUUUGAUCACUUUAAUUAAUUUGAAGUCAAUAAUAGACAGUAGACUUCAUGUCAGAUUUUAUCAUUCGUCAGUUAUCUAUUUUUUUUUUUGCUCAGUGACUGUUUAGGAUCAUGAGUUAAAAUUUUGGAAAACUACUGAAAAACUGUUAAAAGUUAAAUUUGUACGCCUUAGAAGUUCUUCAGGGUUUGUUACUGUCCUGAGAUGACACUGCUGUCAGUGGCAUUCAACUGCUAAAUUUAUUUUUGUGCUUAAUGAUUUAUAUGACCAGUUGUGGGGUGUGGUGUGCUGCUGUUUGUUUUUAGGUUUACCCCUUUGUCCCAUUGAGCAGACAGGAUAAAAUGACAAGCAUAAUAAAUAUGUUUUAUUUAGUAGUAGUAUAAUGAGGUAAUUUGGGGGAUUUUUUUUUUUUUUUUUUUUUGCAAUAAUAAUCUGUUAAAAGAAUUAGAAGGUGUAAAAAAUAUGUAUCAUUUACUUAAUAAUAGUAAUACAGCAAACCCUGUUCCAGUACAUCCCCUCUAAAUUAACAUCUUACAUGCUGGGAAACUGUUUAGAAUAAGCUUGGAUGGUAGAAACCAAAAAGGUGAUUGCAAGCACCUGUAUGAAAAUGUAGGUUUACAUAUAGUUAGUAGUACUAUUAAUGAAAGGUUAUGGCUGAUCUGUGCCAAAAAUGACUCCAUAACUCUGCAUCUUGACUUGGCAGGAAUUUUAAAAGUUAACCCAUGGUCAUUCAGGAGAAAUAAAUCAGGUAACAUCUAUAAGCAGAACUGAAGCUGAAAGGACUGUUACAUCUAUAGUUCCAUUUGUAGUGGUCACCCCCCACCCCUCUCUUUCACUUUCCUACACACACGUUUCUUUGGAAGAAAAAAAGAAAACUGGUAGAUUUAAGUUUAACGUGAACAAACUUUAAACUUGCUUUCAGUGGUCUUCAACAACUGGUUUUUUUUAUGGCAUGUGGUGUUGUUGUGAAUAAAUUUAUUCAUUGAAAAAGUAUAUCUAGAGUAAAAUGUCAGUGAAAGAUUUAAGUGCAUAGUCUUAAGUUAGCAAGUCAUUAGAAUGCUUCUUUUUAGAAAUGAAGGUACGGAAGAUGCAUCAUUAACUUUUUUCAUUUACAUUGUUACUUAAAGUGAAUACAAAAAAACACAAUCCAUUAACGAUCAAGUUGAAAGAACUUUGGUAUUAAUGGUACAUACUAGGCAGCAGUUGAUGAUGCUAUCAAACAAACUGGACAAAAGCAGCAAUAAGAUUCAAACUGCUGGUACUCUUGUGAUAUUUUGUGUGAUCAUGUGAUUUGUCAUUUGCCGCUGACUAAUGUUGUAUUAUCAGAUUUUUCCAGUGUAUAUUUUGAUUCUUUUGUUACUGUUGUUGUUGGCUUAGAGGCUCACAUGAUACAAAAUGCAAUGCACAUGUGUACACAACACAAAUUUUGGGAAUCAUAAAAAUUGGCAUUGUUGACUUUUCUGUGUAAUAACUUUAGGUUUCAGGUGUACUGUUGAUCUCACUAACCACAAGUCCUCAUUUGACAACUGCUGUUAAUGUGAAGCUUUCAACUACAUUUUUCUUUUUGUUUUUUGGUUUGGUUUUUUUUUUUAAAGAUUUUUAAAGACUUGCUGUGUGGCUUAGCUUUAAAAUGUGAACUUUUUUUUUAAUGGGAGUACCAACACAAAGUAUUGUGUUAGGUGAAUAAAUUGUCAUAAAAUAUGUUCAGAUAUUAUGCACUUUGAAACCAUCUGUCCUUCAAAAUUUGGCAUUAUGUGACCUGCAGUCGUGACUUUCUGGCUCCUAAUUAGUACUGCAUAGUGGCCUAGUUUCUUAGGCUGUUACAUCCUCUUAAUGCCUUAGCCAUUAUGUAUUGGGAAAAAAUACCACCACGGUUAAAAUUAAAUAAAUGUAUACGAUGUCUCUAAAGCAGAAUCAAAGAUUUAAACUACCAUAUUUAUCAGUUGUAGAUUGUUAAUGACUUUUCAAAACAGCCUGUUUUUUUUCGCUUUUUUAAAAAGAGGGCACAGGAGUGUAACCAUACACAAGAGUUAUUCAUGAAAACCUCAUGAAAUGUUUGAAAAUAUCCAAGAAGAUAUGUUGCCCAAAAUUGUUGCGAAAUCAGGAAUAAGACCUUUUUUUUUUUUAAUGAUUUAGAAAUCUCAUCACAGAUGUGCAUAUAACCAUACCAAAAAGUAUGUUUAGCUAUAGGGCUGUUGUUAUUCUAACAUUAAAAGAAAGUGUAGUGUUUAAAGAUGAGUGCUUGGCAGUGUUUACAUGUUUGGCACAGGAAGUCUGGUCUGCUGCUGGUAUCAUCCGAAAAAAACAAUCUAAAUAGAUAGCUGGAUGAAGCUCAAAUGCAUAAAAGAAAAAAAUUAGAAUAGAUCAUGGCAGCAAAGGAAAAAUGCAAGAUUACAAAUAUUUCUUGUGCAGCUUAUUUCACAACUUUUUUUGGUGGGACAUUAUUUUCCCAAUUUGACCUUCAUUCAAAAAUUCUCAUAUGUAUGCCAUACAGAAGCAGAUCUUAACUUCCAUGGUAAAGUUUCAUUCACCUUCAUGGUAUAAAAUUUAUCUUGGUGAUGAGUUGUCUCAGUCACAGCAGCAUGAGUUUACUGAUUGUACUACCAGUUCAUGGAUUAUUGACUUUGGGCAAUUAAAGCCCCCGUCCAUCCCUGAUCAGUUAAGGUGUUGUAGAUUAUUUGCUUCUGUUUUCAAGUAGAUUUUAACGUCUUUAAGAUGUUUUUUCUAGCUCUUGCUUGGAGUCCUAUAUUCCAUUUUUACUUUGGAAAAAACAUUUUACAAUUUAUCAGUUUUCCUUAUUUUCCAUCCAGUCUGUUAAUUUCUGGUGCAGUCAGAGGAGCUGUUUUUUGUUAGUUGUUUAAGGAAUUUAUUUUAUCAAUUAAGUGUACACCAAAGCUUCAAAGCUUUGGUUAAAAGUACUAUCCCACCCCUUCUGCUGUUCAUAGUGAGCUGUUAUGAGUCAUUUAAAUUUAUACCAUGAGAAAUGUGUCUGCUAAUUUUUGCAUGGUACAAUAAACUGCUGCAAAAAUCAUUAUUUGAGUGCAACCCAAAACUAAAAUUAUUUCAAUGUUUUGAGAUUAGCAAAGAAAAUUCUCUUUUUUCUUAAAGAUGAAAGUAUUUAAGAUAUGAGGUUUGAAAAUUCCAAGGACUUUGAUCCCUAAGAGUUGCUUGGUAGGGUAUAAUAAAUAUGGAAGUACAAUAUAUAUGAGCAUGAGUGAUUGGGUGUGUGCCCAUCCAUGCUUGCAUGCUUACGUAUAUUACAUGUGAUACCAAGAUACAUGCACGAUGCAAACAACAGUGCCAAACUACUAAAUUUCAAGGGUAAAUGCCACAGGUCAUUUAGCUUCCUCCUCAAAUAGACCAAAUCUGCUUCAAGUGUUUGUUCUCAGAUGUAAGUAUUCACUUUAAUAAAUGAGUCUGGGUGUGAAUUAUUAAAAUUCAGUUGCAUCUCAUUUAAGAUUUAAGAAAAGAGUGUGCUGCUGCUCUGUACAACCAUUAAUCUAUAUUUAUCUUUAUGAUGAUAAAAUAAUCAUAAAACUGCUUCUCUUGCUGAUUAUUGUUGAAAACAGUUUUGAAUUUUAUCAGUUUUGAGAUUUGAUACUUUGGCAACAAUAUUAUACAGCCUUCUUUUCUACUUGGUGGCUGUACAUCAUUUAUUGUACCACAUUAUUAGUGAAAAAUCUUUUCCACGAUUGUCAUUAUCUACACAUCUGUCCACUUUUAAACUUCUUUUAUUUUCACUGCAAAAGGAUUUCAAGGGGUCAUCAGAUCAUUGCUUUGAGACAAUCUGUGAUAGUUUUUGCUGGACACUCCUGUGUACUAAAGGGACUUUAUCAUCAAGAACUUACCCUCGUUGUUCAGUGAAAUGAAAUGGAAUUUGUUAAAUUUUGCUUCAUUUUGAGGGACCAAUUUAUUUUUUUUUUUAAUGCCUGAAUUUCAAAGUCAAGUAUGGACUAUUACAACCUGUUUAUAAUUAUGUUUUUCUUUGAAAAAAGAACACUAUUACUCAAUAUUCACUAUGAAUCCUGUAUGCAAACUACAUGUAUGUGAUAGCUUGUGUCUUUCCUGUCAUGUGAAAUGAAAAGAAAAUGCACUUGGGAGAUCAGGAAAGAAAACCUGGGAUCUUAGACUCUUAACUUACGGAAUUUAGUGGGACCAAGGCUAUGUAAUGUCCUUUAAUUAUUUCAGGCUAUUUCUGAGUAAAAAUCAACUAAUAAUUUUUAAGACAAAGUUGCUUCAGUAGGUUUUGCUCAUGAAGUGCACGAUUAAAACAGUUUGCAAGAUAUUUCAUUUACUAAAAUUAUUAAAAAGUUCACCUUAGUGUGUUUAAAUGUUACCAACUUAAGGUGUAUUUGACAUCUUUUACUUCUAGAAGAUAUCUGUUUGAAAACAAGGGAAAAUGGUUAUGAAAAACUGUCUGUGUGUUUUUAAAUUUGAGGAAAUAAAAUUUGGUGACACUUGUAAA